CCGCGGCGGAGCGGCGUCGUUCGCCGGGUGCUCCGAUUCCGAGGCGGCGGCGGGGGAGGGCCUGGGCCAAGAUGGCGGAGGGGGUGCUGAGCGCCGGCAUCAACCUGGAGGCCUUCGCCCAGGCCAUCGCGGCCAUCCAGGCGCUGCGCUCCAGCGUCACCCGCGUCUUCGACUGCCUGAAGGAUGGCAAGCGCAACAAGGAGACGCUGGAGGGCCGCGAGAAGGGCUUCGUCUCCAGCUUCCAGGAGAGCCUCCACUCCGUCAGCCGGGACCUGGGAGAACUGGAGCGUCUGAGCAAUCUUGUCGGCAAGCCCUCUGAGAACCACCCUCUCCACAACAGUGGAUUGUUGAGCCUUGAUCCCGUGCAAGACAAAACUCCUCUCUACAGUCAGCUACUUCAGGCCUACAAAUGGUCAAACAAGUUGCAGUAUCAUGCAGGAUUGGCAUCCGGCCUGCUGAAUCAGCAGUCCUUGAAACGGUCUGCGAACCAGAUGGGAAUGUCUGCCAAACGGAGGCCAAAAGCCCAGCCUACCACUCUCGUGCUACCUCCUCAGUAUGUUGAUGAUGUGAUCAGCCGGAUUGAUAGAAUGUUUCCUGAAAUGUCCAUUCACUUAUCCAGACCAAAUGGGACCUCCGCAAUGUUGAUGGUUACUUUGGGGAAAGUGUUAAAAGUCAUAGUGGUGAUGCGAAGCCUCUUCAUCGACCGAACAAUUGUAAAAGGUUAUCAUGAAAAUGUCUACACAGAAGAAGGCAAGCUUGACAUUUGGUCCAAGUCCAACUAUCAAGUAUUCCAAAAGGUAACCGAUCACGCGACUACUGCCCUGUUGCAUUACCAGUUGCCCCAGAUGCCAGAUGUGGUGGUCAGGUCUUUUAUGACCUGGUUAAGGAGUUACAUAAAGCUGUUCCAAGCUCCAUGCCAACGCUGCGGAAAGUUUCUGCAGGAUGGUCUGCCACCCACAUGGCGGGAUUUUCGAACCCUGGAAGCCUUCCAUGACACAUGUAGGCAGUAACCUACUUGGAGGGACCAGAUGUCAGGAUGGAUCACGAAUCAGACGGGCAUCUCACUCCUCUGCUGCACUUCUGAGUUGGUGUUGCCUCCUUUACCAAGUUCAGUUUUAUGCAAGUCAAAAAAGAGUGCUGGGUGACGCGCCGUUCUGAAAGGCUCUGUGUGGCUGGUUCAGUUCAGCAAAGCAGAAGAGGACAAAAGGGGGUUGAGUGGGGCAUAGGCCUCUCUGGAAACCCUGGACAUCAAAUACAGAAGUUUAUCCUUUGGGAUCAUCCUUUAUCACCGUUGGCCAUAAAUAUUAGAUAGUUUUCAAUGGGAUGUACAUUAUAGCUAUUGCCAGCAUAUUAUUUUCAACAUCAUCUUUUUGUAAAAUAUGAAUAAAAAUCAACAUUCAACUCAGG